AUGAUGGCGUCGGAGGACGCGUUACACUUUCAAGAUGCCAAAUCUCCCGCGCUGUGGCACGUCCGUCGGUCACGGACAAACCGGAUUAAGACAGCUGGCUUGUCAGUGAUCGCAUUGUUCUUCUUAUUUUGUAUGCUACAGUAUUCUUCAACACGAAUCGAACCGGACUUUUGGACCAAGUUUCCCUCGCGCCAUCCUUUCCCUGGGCGUCCAGAAGAUGCCCAGGUCAUUCUCCCUCCGCGCACUGAUAUCAAUGUCAACGAUACCCUCCCACACGAUCUGGACAAGCCAAAUCCGCGCCUGCAUGUCCUAGUCCCAGCCUCGCAUGGCUCGCGCGGAGUCUGCCGAACAAUCACGUCAGCCAUGAUUCUUGGAUACCCGCCGCCCACAUUAGUCGGUUACGGGGAUGAUUCUCCAGGAGCGACCGAGGCCGAGCGCAUGGUGGACCGGAUCACCCGAGCGCGCAACUACCUCCGAGACAGCAAGACCGUGCAUGAUCGCGACUUUGUGCUGAUGGUCGAUGGCGCAGACAGCUUCUUCCAAUUGCCACCGAAGGUCCUAGUGGAGCGGUUCCAGUCUAUAAUAAAGGCGAACAACCGAAAGCUGCAGAAGAAGUUCGGGUUCGCACAAGUAGAGGGCCAAGAGGCUGGGGCUGCGCCUGAGAUGGUACAGAAAUACACCCAGCGCGUUCUUUUUGGUGCGAGUAAGCUGUGCUUCCCCGGGUUGCUAAACGACCCCGGUUGCGCAUCUGUCCCCGAAUCAUCUCUACCUCCGGAUGUAUAUGGCUGGAAGACUGAUGUCUAUCCGGAUGGAUCUCUGAACAGACCCCGGUGGCUGAACCCUGGAGCGGUAAUUGGUCAGGCUGCAGAUCUGCGCCUGAUCUACGAUGAGGUCUUGCGGCAAGUUGAGCUGCGCUCGAACAAGUCUGCAGAUUACCAGGCCCUGACACAGAUUUACGGACGACAGGAGGUCAUCAGAGAACUGGAGCGGCGACGAACAGCCAAUGACUUCAAAGAGCUGCUCUACCGGAUGGUGGGCAUCUCAGAUGCAGCAAACAUCAGCGGAAUGAGUCUCCGGCUGGAGACAGGUCACCGCUACGAAUUCGGCAUUGGUGUCGACUUCGAAUCACAACUUUUCUUCAACCAGAUCGUGUCCCGCAAGGAUGUCGAGUGGGUCAAGUACGGCAACGUCACCAAAAUGUCCGCGCUGCAGAUGCAACACGGCGUCCCGCGUGAACACCGCCUCCUCCUACCACAGGAUAUUGCCACUCUCCCUAACCCAUUCGUCCAAUCCCGCUUCGCAAAAGAAUCAACCCAGAGACCGGUGUGGAAUGCCACGCUGGACAAGCUUCCGAACCCGCGAGAGCGCACCUGGCACAACAUCUCGCUAAUGACCAAUGUCCACUCUGCCUCGGUGCCGGUACUCGCCCAUCUCAACGGCGACCCCAAGCUCCGCAACACCUGGUGGGAGAAUAUGUGGUUUUUCCCAUGGGGACGCGCCCUACUGCGCAAAUAUGUCCGUGACUCGCACGGGUUCGACGCGGCACAGUCGUCACUGCUGGGCGGACAGGACUGGUUGGAGGUGCGCGGAGGUCGAGGUGGGAUCUGGACCGAUCACGAGAACUGGAUCACUCUCUCUGAAGUCUGCAAUGGUCAAGAAAGAGAUCUCUUUGAUGAUGACCUCGGCCUCUGGGGUAAAGAAACUUAUGACCCAGAUGAUCCGGUUUAUAACCAAUACGGAAGUCUGAUUGCUGGCAAGGAAGAGAAACCCGCCAACAACGAGGAGAAAUUCGACAAAUUCGACAUCUUCGACUAA